CGGAGGAAGCUCCUCUCCAUUCGGAUGACAGCUACCAGCACAGCAACACCGUCUCCUGUGGCUCACUUGUUCUUUUCCUGUUAAAACAGGUUAUUUGCAUCUGUUUACCUGUCCCUCCACCUGAGACCUGCAACACACGCAUGCGCAAAACUGCUCCUUUUCUUUAGCGGUUGUUAGGAAACUAAAGGUGGAGGCGCUGUUUCCAGUUUGCAGUCAGAAACAACAAUGUCCGGCAAAAAGGAGGUGAAUUUAUCUGGACUCCGACAGAAUAAGGGCGUGUGGCUCGUUAAGGUUCCCAAAUAUUUAUCGCAGCAAUGGGAGAAAGUCACAGAAAAGGGAGAAGUUGGAAAGAUAUCAAUAGAAAAAAAACAAGGAAAAACAGAGGUGUGUUUCACUCUAAAUGAGGAGCUGGCUGCCAUGACGGCUGCAGGAGAGAAGGAGGAGUCCCUGCAGGCCCCGAGGGAAUAUCCCUUCACCAUGCACACAGUGGGUGCACAGACCAUGGCCAUCUUCAGCCAGACCGACGCAGAUGAAGUCAGUCUGGAGGGGACGGUGGUGCACAGAGCCGAGUGCCGGCCCGUCGUGUCCGACAGCUACAUGAAGCUCAAGAGGCUGCAGGUCGAGUCCGUCAAGCCGCAGCGUUUGGUGCAGCAGCUGGACCGAGCCGUCGCCACUGUCUUCAGGCCUGUGGCCAACCACGACUUCAACUUGGAGUAUGAGAAGAAGAAGAAGUCUGACGGUAAGAUGGUGAGGGCGGAUCGGCAGCUGGUGUUGGACCUGCUCUUCUCUGCCUUUGAGAAGCACCAGUACUACAGCUUCAAGGACCUGGUGGACAUCACCAAGCAGCCCGUGACAUAUCUUAAAGAAAUCAUGAGGGAAAUCGGUGUAUGCAAUCGCAAGGGAGCGCACAAAAGCACCUGGGAGCUCAAGCCAGAGUACCGUCACUACCAACCGAGUGAGGAAGAGGAGCAGAAAAGCCCCAACUCCAUCUGAGACAUCUCGCCCAAGAAAGUGCUAUAUGGGUGUAAAAUUAUUUGUUUACAAUCGGUGGAAAAUCAUGUAUAAUGUUCAGCAUGAUGAAUAAGUUGUUGCUUCAGUAAUGUUGCCAUGUUUUCAGUUCUCUGGAUUAAAGCUGUUAGAAAACAGUGUCCGUCUCUCCUGAACUUGUUCGUUCAGCAGGUGUUUUUCACAGCAGACAAAGCACAGUUGGAACCAACAACAAUCUGUUCCAGCUGUUACCACAAAGCUGCGCUGCAAUUAGUCAUGUAAUUACCCACACCUUCGUUUGACACGUGAAAAUGUCCUUCUGUGAUAAAAACAACUGAUUCGACCCUCASUAAGACUGAUGAAUUAGUUGGCGCCAUGCAGCCACCCUGCGCGGCUGAURAACUGGAAACACAUUAGAGGAAAUCAAAGAUGGCUGAAACCCUGCGGGGUGYCACGGUUCAUCUGUCAGGUUGUAUUGCAACGGAAAUGGCUUUAAAAGAUUUUUACGCUCAAUUACACGGGGCAGAAAAACCCGCAGCAGCAGCUGAGUGAAGCCAAACCCGACAAACCUUUGUGGAUCAGCAGCGUCGCCUGUUUGGGGUGAGAUUAUUUACUGCGUUCACACUGAAGCCCGAAGUGACCCAACUCUGAUUCUUUUGUCCCCCUUAAUGCUACCUGUAUCUGAUCGUUUCAUGACGSUCUGAACAACACRGGUCGGGUUCUUUUCGAAUGCGACCCAGACCACUUGGAUAUCCGAUACUUAUCCGAUUCAAAUGUGACCGGAUUCAAAUGUGACCUAACGUCCAGGUUGCAUGAACGUCACUGAUACUCGACAGACGUCACUUUUCUGCGAUUAAGUUGUUAAAGUGCAACUCCGGUUUAUGGGUUAUGACGUCCAACACCAGCUGCCGAUCCGCCCUCACCAUCUUACCGUCAGACUUCUUCUUCUUCUCAUACUCCAACUUCAAAAAAAGUUAAAAAAAAAUUAACCAUCCUUAACAUUAACAUAUGUAAUCACCAAGGUGAUCUAAAACUCUAGAAAUAACAAAAACUUAAAACUGAUUUCCCCCCCAAACAAACAAGCAGGUUAGAUCAUUUUAGUACGAAGCUCUUUAUUCUUUCUGGCGGCGCUUAAGCUACUCCCCAAAAUGGCGACAGCAAAAGUUGUGACUGGAGUUUAGUCCAGUCACAAUGCAAAACUUUGACCUUUCUGAAUUCUGCACCUAAAAAUCAACCAACCUUUAUUUGGACAUAUAUAUAUCUAUGUAUAUAAUGUCUAUAGGUCGGACAACAACUUCAAGAUCUUAAGCUAGGAACCGUUAGCCUCCAUGUUUACUUCCGCUAAUAAUGAGCAGUACUUAUUUAUGGCGGUUGGCAAAACACUGAACGCUGACGUUAUUGCGCCCUCUACUGCGCAUGCGGGACACUUUCAGGUUGCAGUUCACAGUGGAGAUCACAUACUAGUCGCAAAUAUUUAGAAGUGCGAACGACCACUGCAAAAAAUAAAAAAAAUUAUCCGAUUUCACAAAAAUAUUGGAAUUGCGUCACUUCAGGCUGCAGUGUGAACAUAGCCUGAUAAGUUUAUAGAUUAAGAUAUUAACUUAGUCCAUCUUUACCGUCACUGGUGUAAAAAAAAAAAAAAAACCUGUUUAAAAUAACCAUAGCCUGGUGGUCCGCCAGGCUGAUUAAUCACUGUCCUCUGUCUAUCUCUAGUCUAGGGACUCUGACUAUAUUUCUAAGCAGUCUUUGUGCUGCUCUGUCUGAAUCACCUGUUGGACCUGUUACACCUGUGGCACUGGUCAAAAAGGAAAAAAAAGAAGUGAAAUGUAAAGUCUGGCCCUGGUUCUCACAGCAACUGAAACACUUAUCAGUGAAAAACCACCUUUUGAGGCGUCACCUGUAACAAAUCCCUCACUUUUCCGGUACAGCAGGAUCAUUGGAUGAAGUCUCUUUCACACAUCCGUGUUCAAUUUUUUAAAAUGUGUUUUUCUGUUGGCUUUUUGCAGGAAAACCUUGUAAAAAUGAACAACUGUUUUGGCAACACAUCUUCAUGGUAGUUUAACUGCUUUAGAGACAACACUUUCUCUAAAAAUCUGUUUUCAGAAAAACAGUUCGAGUUUUAGGUUUUCUGGCUCUGACUUCCUCUUGAUCUUUUAUUGGUAAAAGAUAAAAAAAUGUGAUUAAAUCACUGCGUUGUACUGAUGACUCAGGAUUAAAGCAGGGUACAAAUAUAAACCUGUUAUAUCAGCACUGAUAAAUUAUGUAAACAUGCAAAACAGAAAAUGUAAAAAUAUAAAUAACUGGCUUUACUUUUUCUAGCAAAAGUAGAUAAAACUAAAAACAUGGACUUUUUACAGCUAUACUUUAAAUCACUGAACCAAACAUUUCUGCAAUAUGUUUUUAUUGAUAUGCAAUUUUAGAGAAAAUUACGUUUAUUGUAAACAAACACUUGAAGCAUCUCAUUGUAGUUUAAACUACAUUUGUUUAUUUGUCCUUGCCAGAUGGAAUUUUAUUUAAUUUUAUAUGAAUCUUUGAGUUAUGAGAAACAAACAUGCAGGAAACUCAGUAAAAGCAGCAAGAAGUUUUUUUUGUCACAGCCAAUAUCUUAAAUGCUUUCCCCCCCAGAAAACAAAAGAGAAACUUAAAGUAGAGGUACUUUUUAUUUUCAAAUUGAACCUGAAGUCUUUGCAUUGCAGAUGGACUCGUUUAACACAACCAGAAACCCAAGCAUGAUGAAGGCCGUGGAUGUCAAACUUGAUGCUAAAACAGAAAAAACUGCUUUGCAGCCGGAGUCGGAGCUUCACUUUCUGUCCUGCCGUUUCGUUUUCAACAUGAGCGCUGGCCCAAAAGGAAAAAAAAA